UUGAAUGUUUCGUGUGCCCGAGUUUCGUCUUCUGUUUUGCCUCUUCUCCAUAGGCAGUAGUACUAGUACUAGAAAAGAGGUGCUCUUUGUGGGCUGCUAAAGCAGGCAGCGCCAAGCAGUUGCCUGGAAUCGUGGCAGUCUCGAGGCCUAUAUUCUGGCACUAGCUGGACAAACGCAUUGAAAUGUAUCUUUGGUUCGUUCAUAGUCAGGAUAAUUAUCUCACCGUAGCUCACUGAACCUUUUCUGCGCACUUUGCCCAAAACCUGUGUAGCAGUCAAGGUCGUAUCCCAACGAGAACCGUCAGGUCGCUAGAGUGAGGGAUCCUCGUUCGCGGCCAUCAAUGCCGCUGAACGAACGACCCCGACAGCAGCUGCCGUCGAGCUCGCACUUCCACUCCAACCAACCUCAGAGUUUCCCACACGUACUGAACUCUGGUCCGGGUAGUGACUUCAAUGAAGGCCCAAUGCACGGCGGCUACCCCUACCACCAGCAACAGCACCAGCAGCAGCCGCAGCAGCAACUGCGCCAGCAGGCGCCGUUGCAGCCGCAGCAUCAGCAGCACCAGCCACAUCACCAUCAUCAGCAACCGCAGUUGCAGCACACGUUGCAAGCUGCACCUGCAGCCGCUGCUGCCGGGGGACCCAUUCAGCAUGCCCAGUCUCAGCCCGUGAACCAGCUCGGCAAAAAUGAGUCGGACAAGAAGGCGGUCAACACCGUCUGGGUGGGCCGGCUCACCAAGUCAACGACCGAGGCCUCGCUGCGUGGCUUCUUCGGCAGUUUUGCCAUGUUCAUCACCAGCAUCCACCUGAAAAGUGGCGAGCGUAAAGGCGACCAGUAUGCCUUUGUCAACUUCUCUUCGCUGCACGCCGCACGCAGCGCACUGGACAAGUUGCACGGCAAACCGCUGGACGACUGCCGAUCGGUCAUGCUGAGGAUCAACGAGCAGCUCGAUCAGGAGCACUUCCGACGUCUGCACCAGGGAAAUGUGCCGCGAGACGACGACCCGCAGGGUCUGGGCCUGAACGGCGGCUCGUUCAACAGCGCCGGCGGUGCGAUGGGAUCCGACCGCUUGGCCAACCAGUACGGGAUCAGCAACUGGGGCUCGUCCGGCCCGGGCUUCAUGCAGAGCAAUUCCAACUACCAGUUUGGCGGGGCAGCCAACGCCGGCACUGGCCUCAGCAACGGCCACGGCGGAUUCCAAGCCGCCGCCGCUAACAGCAUGGUGGCCAUGCGCUCGCCAGUGCAGCAGCGCUUGCAUCAGUCGCCGCUCUCGCACGGCGUCGGCGGCGGACUGGACCCUGUUGUCCAGGCGACGCAGCGCCGUGGUUACGAUACGAUUCCGCGCCGCGGCGUUGCCGCUUGUCUGCUGGUCGCCAACUUGCGGCCCGACAUCCCCAUUGCCGAGAUGGAGGCCUACCUGCACAUCUGGCGCCAGGACAUCAUCGACAUACGCAUCAAGCCCAGCAGGGUCGGCUUCCGCUUUUGCUGCGCGUUCAUUGACUUCAAGUCGGAUGCUGCCGCUCUGGACUGCUACCAGCAUGUCAUGAAUCGGCCGUACCAAGGUCGCGAAUUGACCUGGAAGAUAUACAGCCAUAACUCGCAGCAGCAGGCGACCGUCUGGUCGAACCACGACAUUCUCGCCGGUAACGCCACCGCUCAGCCACAGUCCAGCAUGCUGCCGCAGUCCCAGUUCGAGAGGGCCAUCGACAACCUCACUCACGGCCCCUCGUUCGGCAACUUGCCGCAGAUCAACGGAAACAUGGGAGACGAUCCCAGUGGCUCGGCCGUAGGAGCCGCUGUAGCUCUUGGCCCCAAGAAAAGCUACAUCUGGAUCGGCUCCUUGCCUUCCAAUGUGGAGAAGGAAGAUAUAUACAUGGCUCUGAGCGAGUUUGCCGACAAAGCCAUUGACGUCCGCGUCAGGACAAACAAGAAGAAGAGGACGUGCUACGCAUUUGUCGACUUUCAGACCACGGAGAUUGCGGAGACGGCAUACGAGGCGUGCCGCAAUCGUCUCAUCCGAAACGAGAAUGUCACCUGGAAGCUGACCGAUGAAGACAAGGCGCGCAUCAUCGCCAACCCCAGCAGCAUGUCUGGUGGAUUGGCCGACUCUCCAUCCAUGGUGGGGAGAUCCCUCAUUUACUCCAACGUGCCGUCCGGAAGCCUGACGCCUGGACAUGCCAGGCCGCCAAGAGGUGCCAGCAACCAAGUGACUCUGGCCGUUGGGCCACCGUCCGCCAACGAUUCUGACGACUUUGAGACCCUCCUCAGCCAGCAGGUGUUGCAGCAGGUUCAACAGCAGUCGCAGCAGCAAGCAGCACAUGCUACUCCAGUUGGUGUCCAGCUCGGCCAGUUUAGCACCGCCGUUGGCGGCCCACGGCAAACCCUGCCUCCUCAGCAGCUUCCGCUGACCAACCAGCCGCUGUUCCAGCGAUUCCCCAGCGCCGGUAGCUAUGCGGCCACCCCCUCACCAUUCCCGGCAGCCGAGGUCGGUGGCGUCGCGGCACAAGCUCAACCGCAGGCCGCCUACAACGCACCUCAGGCCGCAGCAGCACCAGUACCAGCGGCAGCAGCGGCCGCAGCCCCAGUCGGCUACGCUUUCCACCAGGUGACACAGGUAGCUCCAGCCGCCGCCGCCACCGCCAGCACUGUCGGUCCGUACGGAUCGGCAAGCGCUGCGUUUGCCGCUCGUCUCGGCUCUCCCCAGGCCCUUCCCAUCGUGCCGCGUCCCAACGCCGGCGUGAUCGGGCAGCAGCCCGGGCGCUCGGCCGUUCAGCAAGUGCAGCUGGUUACCUCCACGGGGCCGCACCAGCAGCAGACGGCGCAGAGCGUGGCCGUCCAGCCCAUCGUCGACUCGAUGUUACCCGGUGCUGCUGCUGCUGUUGCUGCUGCCUCUGUCGGCCCUCCGCCCAUCUCCUCUCUGGUCACCAACCCAGAAACACAUCAGAUGAUGGUCAAUGAGUUUGUGGCCAAGCAGCUGCAACGCUCCGGCUCUACCCUGGGCAGUUCUCUGGGACUGGAGUGGAGCGCGCAGGUUACCAUCGAGGAGGACGUCUACAAGUUUGCCAAGAGCCACUUUGGCAAGCGACCCGACUACAGCUCCGUCUCGUUCCAGUACAGUGGCGAUGAGGCCGUUCUGACCGGCGGUGACGCCGAGAAGGUGUCCGAUGCAGCUGUCACCAUCACCUACGAGCUCGUGAAGAGCAAAUUCACACUGGAUGCUAGCGAGUACGACUGGUGGCUGAAGGCUGAUGAGAGCGGUGCAGUACCUUUGACCAAGCUGCUUGACAAGAUGGAUCUUCAGGAGAAGGUGGAGUGGGGUUUCCCCCAGGCUACUACCACAGGCCUUACCCUCUCCUGCAUUGGCUUCUCAAAAUGUGUCAUGGCCGCCACCACUCACCUGACUAACAUGCGAUCCACCGCGUUCGCUAUUGGACAGUCUGUGAUGGAGCUGCUGUGUGCCGUGCGCCCAGAGCUGAUCAAGAUGCUGUGCAGACAGUACAAGCUGUUCGCCAUCGGCUACGCGGCCACGUCGCCCAAGAUCUGGGUGACGGGCGAGAACACUACCCAGCUGCCUCUGGUGCGCCAGGCACUCAUCAAGCUGGUGACCCAGUGCGCCAGCAAGCGCCUGACCAUCGAGAACAAGGCCCUGGUCAAGUCCGCCCAGGUGUGCCUGGCCAGUCUGGAGUUUGACAAGAAGGUCAUGCUGACCAUACCGGGCGGUGUUGAUCAGCACUCCGCCACCGAUCAGGUCCAGUGCGUUCUCAGUGGCCUGGACUCCAGCGUGGUGGAUCGCGUGGCCGAGAUCUUCGGCAAGGCGCCCGCCGAGGAGUCGCUCGACGUCGAGAGCGAAAGCGCCAGCGUCCAACUGGCCGAGAUCUCCGACCUGUACGCAGUGUCCGCCGUGUACUCGAGCCCAGCUUCAAAGUACAUUGUGCGCGGCUUCAUGGCGGACGACGUCCGACGAGCCAUCAAGGGACUCCAGACGCAGAUGAACAACCUGAAGAUCGCGCUGAUCGAGUCCACCGGUGACCGCUGCCAGUGGUUCCGCCACAACUCCACGGUGAGCUCGGAGGCCAAGGACGUCACCGCGCGGAUCGAGGAGCGCGUUCAGGUCGUCAUGACGGCGUCGACGCGCUUCAUCGAGGUGCACGGCGACGACAACGGCAUUGCUGUGUGCCGCGAGCUGCUCACCCCGCUGCUGGACGGCAUCACCAGCGUGGAGAUCGAGUACGCGCUGCACGAGGGCCUUAUCCCGCUGCUAGAGGAGCGUGUCCUGCGAGUGCAGGUAGACAAGCGCGUCUACUACACCAUAACCAACCGCUCCAAGGUGCUGGAGGACCUGGCUCUGCCGCGUCCCAUCUCCUUGCCGACAGGCAACAACACCGACAUCCUGGUCAAGCUGAUCGGGCCAAGCGAGCUCGUCUACCAAGCUGUGCAAGAUAUCAAGCGCAUAUCCCAGCACCAGGGCAAAAUGGAGCUGACUGCCGAGCAGCUGCAGACCUACGAGCAGCUGGACCCGGCCACCCGGGACGCUCUGUACAGGAACUGCGGCGCCGUUGUCGAGCGGAUUCCCGGCACCACGCACCUGCACCUGUGCGCGCUGACUCGUAACAACAUCACCAGCGCCAUCGACGAGGUCAAGUCGCUGCUGGCCAAGUACAGCGUGGCGCAGCACUCGCUCAAGCUGCCGCUGCUCUCCGCUAAGCUCUUCGCUACCAACGCAACCGUCUACCUGACGGAUGCACGCGACGGCCAUUGUGCGGUCGCCCUCGGCACCUCGGCCGACUGGAGCUCGGGCAUUCUGAACAUCAGCGGAUACGCCGGGCACAUCAACAACCUGGUGUCGGAAAUCGGCCAGUUGUCCAGCAACAUGUCUGGUUGCAUAGGCAGCGUCAGUGUCUCGCCGUCGCUCGCUCCGCUCGUCCUGGACAUCUGGAAGUCGCUUAAGGAGCAGGCAGAGAACCAGUACAAUACCAAGGUUCACAUCGUGCAGCGCGGCGAGGGCCUCAUGCUGCCCGGCUCCUUCAAGUACCAGCAGUUUGCCACCAUCGACCUGACGGCCUUCGCCACCGAGUCGAUCCUGCGCCGCAACUUCAUGCCGGUGGAGGUGUACCUGGAGGCGCUCGGCUUCUUCGAGACGUCCGCCACCGACACCCUGACGAUGAUGUUGGACGGUGUGCAGCGCAUGGCGCAGUCCACCAUCACGCUGCAAACUGACUUUGCCAACACGCUCUUCCAAUACAUACAACAGGACUACCACCUGCUGGUCGAACGCUUCAAGGCCGCCCUGGACGUCGAUCUGGCCACAGGCACUGUAGCCAUGGUGACGGCCAACCAGUACGUCAUGCAGCAGACGAAGAUGGAGCUGGCCAGCUGGCUGGGUGCCGAUCCGAACGCAUUCUCUGCGGGGGCCACGGUGAUGGAUCUGUCGCAGCAGGGCCUGAUGCUGCAGGCUACCGCCCCCGGUGCCAGCUUGCAGAAUCCUGGCGCGAGCGCAAACGCCGGAGCAACGGAGAUACUGGCCGCGGCCUCGUCGCAAGCUGCGGCCGCAGACCCCACGGCGGCCCUGGUGCACGGCAUGGCCUCGCUCAGCUUUGACGGACAGAGCUACUUGCACACGCUGGACAUGCCCAACGACCGGCUGAUCGCGCAGGAGCUGUUCCAGCGUCAGCUCUCGCUCAUCGCCAACACAGCGUCCCACGUCAAGGCCAAGUGUGACCCGGUGCUCGACGACCAGGGAGUGCUGAAGCAGAUCAAGAUCAGCGGCCCCACGGAGGGGGCCGUUCGCCACGUCAGCGACAUCAUCCAUCAGCACAUCGAGAGCAUCAGCCAGCAAAUCCGCUUCGUCGCCGUCAGCAUCAACCCGGUGUGCGUGCCCAGCCUCCUGACAGGCACCGUCUGCGAGCGCUUGGCCGUGCUCGAGGGCGAGCACACGAUGGAGUGGCAAUCCAGCGAGCAUCCGCAGACCUACCUGAACACAGUCAAGAUGUUCCUGGAUCAGCAACAGAAGGGCUCGCAGCAGGCCAUCUUCAACAACCAGCACGAGCUCUGUGGAUUCAAGGGUCUGCCCAGCCAGUACCGCUCGUUCGCCAUCAGCAUCCGCUGCUUCCACAACAACGCCGAGCGCUGCGUGGAGCAGUUCCAGCGCUACCUGGAGUCGACCAUUGAGGAGCGGCAGACGAUGUUCACGGUGCGCGAGGAGGACCGCUACCAGCUCAACAUGCUGGCCGCCACCAUGUGCGUGGAGCUGAACGAGAACGACACGUCGUACAUUGGCCGCACCGAGGGACCCAGCGAUGUUAACGUCUACGUGCGAGGCCACGCGCCGCGCCCGCAGGACCUCAUCCAGAAGUGGCAGGAGAUGUGCUGGUCCAACUCCCACCACCAGUAACCUCGCUGGCGACCGCCCACCUCCACCACUCGUCGCGGGCAGAGGUACUGCCAGGAGGUGUGUCUGCUUAGUUUUAAUUGAUAAUCUGUAAUCGUAAGACGCGUACCCGAUGUUGCUCACUGUUCCUACCUGCAUGAUCGUUGGUUGCACAGCGCUGGUGGUGCACUACAUGCCUCUGUCGUAGACUAUGCAUACACCUGUCGUUGACUUGCCUCACCCAGCUGGUGUUGAUUGCAUGGCGCUGUUGUGUACACGCGUCUCUUCGCAAUGUCCUGGGACCGAUGUCGGCCAUUGUGAAGGCGAAGCGGAGAUCGAGUCAUUUCAUUUCCCAUCAGUUGAAUGCUCGACAUCAUUUUUGACGUAGCCAUGUUGAGCCAUUGCCGAGGACCAAUGUUGCUGAGUUGAAGGUGCGCUGUGAUUUCGCUCCUGCUCCUCGGUGACGGAUAGUUAUGGUGCAUGCUUGUUUGUUGCACAUCGUUGCUACGUACCCUGGGUGAGGAAGAGUCGACAAUUGAUACCACGUAUAUCACAAUAACCUGCUGAAUCCGUUGCUGUUGUUGCUGCGUACCCUCGGGAAAGAUGGGUCGUUGAUAGAUGCCAUUGAUGCCACAGUAACUUGCAAAAUGCAUUGUCACUGCUCUGUGGGGCUUGCCAUGUCUCGUCCCUCGUGUAUCGGCACAUGUCUGGUCUACGGUCUUCAUCCUGGGGUGUCUGCUGUCGCGGUUUCACUGCUCAAGUGUUCCCUAUUGUAGCUGCAUAAGAAUGUUCGACGUUUGAUGCCAUCCAUAUCACAAUAUCCUGCAGAAUGCAUUGUCGCCACUCUGUGGGCCUUUCCAUGCAUAUUCACUCAUCCAUCGGCACGCAUCUCGUCUUCUGUCUUCAUCCUGAGUUGUCUGCUGUCGUGGUUCCACUGCUCAAGUGUUCCCUAUGGUUGCUUCACACCCUGGGUAAAGAAGGCUCGACGAUCGAUGCCAUUCAUAUCACCGUAACUGCAAUGUCGCCACCUCUGUUGGCCUCGCCAUUGUAUCUUCACUCAUCCAUCGGCUACACUGUCUUCAUCCUGGAUUAUCUGCUGUCAUGGGUUCACCGCUGGAGUGUUCCCUACUGUUAUCGCUGCAUGCCUUCACCAUGGACAAGCAACUGACAAAAAAUGACCUGCGCGACUCUUUGUUGCCCAUCAGUAGUAACUUUAGUUUACGAUUCACAACGGUUGUUAUACAUCCUUGCUGCAGAAGUGCCAUUGACCGCUGUUGUAGAAGGCACAGAUGAGCUGAACUGUAAAUGUAUCGUCGUACCCAGCCAGUAGCCUGUUCGAACAUGCCCUGCAAAAACUGUCAUUCUCCGAUCAACGCAUUUCAACACGACAAUCACCAGCCAUGCCCCCCAUGUGCAUCCGCUGCCCACCCUCGCAUCAUCCUUCAUCGUCCGGGCCCCGCCGACUGAGCAACCGCCCGCCUGCAAUCAGGUUAGAUGUCUUGCCGACUCCAUGCGUGUUUCGUACUUCCUCCAUCUGCCCCUCUGCCCCCCCCCCCCCUGGCCCCCCUGGCCCGUGAAGACCGCUUCUUCUUCUGUUUUUUGUUGUUUGUUUGUUGCUGCAGCUGCUUUUGUAGUUUGUGUUGUUUUGUUGUGUGUCACUCUGCCUCACCUUCCUACAUUGUUCCGACUUGUAUUCCGUCUUACUAUUGCCUCCCCGCUUGUCACCCCCUUGAACCAUGAGAUUCAAGCUCAUUGACCGACUGCAAAACAGCUCAUCCUUGCCUUCUGUCCUUUGAGCCAACGAGAUGGACCCGAUCGCCUUGAUCGUUGUGAGACAACCGUCUGUAUUUUGAUUUUCGGCGCCACUGUCACUCCCCCCCCCCCCUCCCCCUCCCCACCCACCCAUCCUGUAUGUGUACUGCCCAGUCUUGUGCUGUUUUCAUCCUUUUGUUAUUUUCCCCACAUACUUUGCACAUCCACACGAUCCAUUCAGCGCUUUUGAGACUGAGAGAGAGUGAGUGAUGAGGUUGAAUGAGUGAGUGAUGACGACGACGACGACGACAACAACGAUGAUGAUGUUGCUCCCACGCACUGAGAUUGUGAUGGCGACCCUGAGAGCCAGAUGAGAGGUGAGAACUGACGAAAGAAAAAAAAAGAGUAGGCUGCCAUCGUUCUAUUUCUGGAACCUCCUCCCCUAAUUCACAAUCCUAGUGAUGUCUAAUUAUUUUAAUUCUCCGCUGGUUUGUUCUUAUUUCUCGGUCCCCAUUCAUUGGACCUCAUGUUCGCUAUCCUAUUUUGUUUGUCGUUUUUUUGUGCCCCAUCGCUUCAGCCGUGUCAGCUGGGUAACAUACUUGCAUUCGCACACACGCACACACGCAGGAAAGUCUGUGUCUCUCUUUGCCCGCUCACACUUUUUUUGCAUUGCGCUGCAUAGCUGCUCUUUUUUCUCUUGUUUGUUUUUUUGUUUACCCCCAUCUGCGUCCGGCUUCAUUCGCCUCGUAGAGAUGCGUUUGGCACAUGCACCCUAGAACUCACACAUAGAUUAAAUUUCACUUCCCCCGUCGCCAUCCCCUUACCUGUGCAUCGGCGCAGCACAGCUCUGCCAGUCUGGUUUGUAUCGCUGAUAGAACCGCGCGUCGUUUCGUCUUCGCUCGCAACGAGAAUCUAUCUGUCUCGUGUGUAUGUGUUUUUUGUGCCCGGCUGGCAUGCUGUCUUGUGCUGCUGUGUAGUAAUUGAUUCUGAACAUCCCGCUGCCAUGUCUUCUUCGCUGAUUAUAGUAGAUCUUCUAGACUAGGGCCCUCUAUCUCACGGCCUGGAGUGUCUGCAUCUCAUUUCUUAGAUCCCCAGGCCUCCUCCUCUUUCUGAACCCUGUUACCCAAACGGCUGCUAGUUAUUGCGAUGGUGUCACACGCGACUGACCACUACUCACGAUGACGUUGUAGGAUCUUCUUGGUCUGCUGUUUUAAAACACUUCUUUGCGCCUGCACUGCUACUGAGCACCGGCUGAGGACAUCCAGCGUUCCCCGGGCCGGGGCAGAAUGUAUCAUUUCCAGCUCGUCGAGGCACAGUGCGGCGUGCCUGCUCGAGUCUCGGUUACUACUUCUGCUGCUGGCUCGUAUGUAUGCUCUUUAGUGCGCAGGGAGCCAAGCUCUGUUUUGCUCAAAGUAUGUUUUGCUGCCAAGGCUCACUUUGUUGUUGAACAUCUUGUAAAAAAAGUCAA